AUGAUUAAAUCCGCCACCUUUGAGCCUGUGGUCGCGCGCAUGCCCAGUAGCAGUAGUUGCGCGAGGGAGUUGUGCAUGAAACUCCCAUGCGUGGGAUUUUUGCCCUCGUCUGGCAUCACUGAGGUCAAAGACCAAGGAACGGGAAAUGGAAUAAUCCCCGAUAAUACGACAGCUGAUGUGCAAGUGCUCGACCGUUUUGGCUGCUGGUCGACGUUUUCGGGGGCGGAGACAAAAUCAGCUAUGGUGGAUUGCGUGCUUCACGAUCGAGCGAGAGUUCAACAUGUAACGGGCUGCGGGCGGGGGGUUGAGUUGCUGGGGAUCAGUUAUCCAGCGGCGGGUAAAUUGCGUGUGGCUGGUGAGGAUGAUACAUGUGAAUCAGGAAGAAAACAAAUUUGUGUACGCUGGCAUACUGAUCCUAAAAACAUCAUUUCUUCACGUUUCUAUACGUUCUGUACCAUUUGCAAUCAAUAUGAGAGAACAAUAAUGCGACUACAGCAAAUGUGCGGUCCACUCCUACCUGUUAAGUUAAAAGCAAAGAGAAGUAGGCAGCCUGAAGCUUAUUCAACUGAAACGAUAUCACCAUUUCUUUAUGCGCAAUUAGUCAUUCUUCGUCCAUUUUUACGGAUUGCGCUCGUAGCAUACUGUGGAAUGGAUCCCUUCCAAUUCAAUUCCAAGAAUAAAAAAUUAGAUAUUUGCUAUGGGAACAGUCAACUAAUAUUUGCAGUUUCUACACUAUUUUUUCUUUUCCACAGAUCGCAUCUGUGGAACCGCACUACGGUGGACAAAUAUGAUUUCACCUCGUGUAUCUGGUUCACCUAUGGAGCACUUCUGAAGCAAGGAUCUUCGAUAACUCCAGUGCAUACCUCAACACGAUUUGUCUUCGCUACAUGGUGGAUUUUCAUCACGAUUCUAACGUCCUUCUACACUGCCAACUUGACAGCUUUCUUAACUUUAUCCCGAUUUACUCUACCUUAUAAAUCAGUAGAAGACAUAAUAAGGAAGAGGGUGCCGUGGUUUUUUGAAAUUGAUCGGACAAUCGAUAAUAUCCUCGAUACGGGUUACAGCGAUCUCAUAGGCGAUCUAGCGGAGUCACCAUAUAGAAAAGAGGUCCGCAACAAAAAGGUUACAACAUCUCUCCGUGGUAAUUCACUAUUUCUUGGUGAAAGAGAUAUAAUCGAGAAGACCAUAUUCGACGAUUAUACGCAAAGGACUACCAAUAAUAUCGAACAAUCGAAACGAUGUCCGUAUGUCACAGUACCGAAGACUUUGUAUAAUAUUCCUCGAGGCUUCAUUCAUCGAAGUGAUUCGAGAAUUCAAGGCAUCUUCGAUGAACAACUACAAAUUCUGAUAGAAGUCGGCAUAAUCAAGUAUUUGGAGAGGAGAAAUCUUCCAAAGGUGGAGUAUUGUCCCCUCAAUCUCAAAAGUACCGAGCGGCAGUUGAAAAAUUCAGACUUGACAUUGACAUACAAAGUGAUCGGGGCGGGAUUCAUAUCUGCAUGCAUCACCUUCAUUUAUGAAAUUAGUAAGCGUCGAAAAAAUACAUUCUGUCUUCGCCAUGGGGACAAGGGUACCUGCUGUUCGCCAAGCAUGGAAAAUUCAGAUAUUCCAGUACGUCUUUCACCAGUGUUGUUACAAAAUCUCCCCAAUCGUGUGAAACAAGACACAAGUGCCAUCCGCCACGCUAUUAUUCACAAGUGUACCAACGAUUCGUAUGACAGCUAUAAUCAUCGAGAAUUAAAUAUCGGAAAGAUUUCUCCAAUGUACGAAAGUAUUUACGGAGACACAGCAUCUGCGAGGAAAGCGUAUAUCAAUGGGAGAGAUUACUGGGUGAUUACAGUGCCUAAAGGAGAUAGACGGCUCAUUCCGAUCAGAACGCCUUCAGCGCUACUGUUUCAGUAUACGACCUGAAUGUAUUCAUGUGGAAUUUUCUUAUGAUUCAGGAAUUACUUUUAAAGCUCAAACAUACAGUGAACUCUAGGGGACAAUGAAAGUCUAACAAUUUGCAUGAUAACCCAUGUUUUACGCAACUGUAUUGUAAUAUGGAAGGGUAAAUUAAUACAGGAUGAAGUGGUGGAUUGUAAGAAGUCAAUUUAACACGGCAGGAAAUUUGAAGUAAAAACUUCUAUGUUAGCACUGCAGUGGAGCUCCGUGAAGUGGGCACCCGACCUUCAUGUAUUUCAAUACAAAUCGAGUAUUAAAUAGGUUUCACGGUACAUAGAACAGCAGUGAUUUUUUCCAUUGUAGUCGAGAAAUAUGCCGGAAUUCAUUUUUUAAUGACAGUUAAGAAGUAGUUGAUAGUUACAGCUCAAAUGGCAUCGGCUUCGUAUCUACGAUUGUGUGCAGUUGAUCGAGGGGCUAUUCAGUCAAAAAUUCGAUGACACAGUGAUUGCUGAUUUCAUCUGAUUUCGAGAUGAUUUCAAUGAUUUCUUGAAAUCGUUGAUUUCAUGUGAUUGCCAGGGAUUUUUUUUCCGGUGAUUUCACGAUUUCAAAUGAUUUCAUAUCAUUUCAAGUCUUUAAUGCGAAUGGGGCAGCAAGGGCGGUGAGGGCUGGUAGGGGAGAUAAGUUGGAUUCAAUUAGAUCUCCGGAUAAAAUACUAGCACUAGCAGCAGUUAUAUCCCAGUCAUGUAAUGACAAAUACAAGGAGGAAUACGGCAAUCUUUUUCAAUAAAUCAUUUAUUCAACAUAGGAAAACAAAGUAUAUCUCUGACAUACUGAACUGAAUUAAACUAAAUGAAAUAAAAUCUUCACGUCUCAGUAAAGGACAAACAAUUUAGAACUAAAAAUAUUUGACAACGUCUUUAUAUAUUUUCUCAUCAACUCGGAGACCAUCUUUGGAAAUGACUGGAGAGGAAAUUGUUUGACGGUAUUGACUAAUAUUUAUAGAGCCAUGAGUAGUCAUUGGCUGCAUUUAAAAAAUCUUUGUUUCUUUAAAAUAUACCAGGUACAAAGUACACCUAUUUCUUUAACAUUACCCUGUACACGAGCAUAUGAUCCUGAGAACUCUCGAGAUGUUAUUGUUCUCCCAUACGAAUAAACAAAACUCAACACCAAUCCUAAUAAACAAGUUUUAUAAUUCACUGAUUUCAUGUGAUUUCAUUUGCAGUCAUCUGAAAUCGAUGAAAUCCCAGAAUUUCUCUGAUUGCAAUUAACUUCGACCGAUUUCAUGAGAUUACAUGUGAUUUCGAACAUGAUUUCAGCCCGAAGUUACACAGUGAUUUCACGAACGAAUAGCCCUUCGCAGUUGAUUGUAGAUUCAAAAUUUUUCGAGCCCAAUGAAAAAAGGGCCCAUAAUCAAGCUUUUAACGUUAUGGGUGGAUCAAUUGAGCUUAAAAACCUGAAAGAAGAUUGAAUGAUCGAAGGAACUCAUGUGGAGUUAUUUGUAGUAUAAGAAUUCUGAACAUAAGUAUUGAUAUAAGUUACGCAUCGUAGGAGCCAUACGCCAUGAAAGUCAGACGUGAUAUGGGUUAUGCGUUAUACGAGUCAACCGCCAAAUGGAUCAAAUAUCAUGGGAGUCAUUCAUUUCAUCUUUUGUACUUGAGAUGUAACCCAUUGCUAAUCGACAAAAAGAGGCUAGAAAUCCUCAACACGCAGGAGAUGAAACCACGAAAAUUCAAUGACGUGAACAAUCGUUUAACACUAAAUUUUCUUCAGAACCUCAAACCUCCGGCCACCGCCCCAUAAAGUCAACCCCUAAUACAAGAUAAUAAAAACUUGCAUAGGUACCGAUUAAAAUCAGUCGUGGAAAAACUGAGGUACCAUGCGUUCUUUAAUUGUCUCAUAACACAGUUUGUCGCGCAGAUCGGGUGGAUAUAAAAUUUCGGUAUUGUUCCCAACAAAAUUCAACGACCUGCAUUUCGAGGCUAGUCUGUCGAGUCCUAACGAUUGCAAGGGUGUGGGAAAUCCUGCCCCACAAAGAGUCUCUCCUUUUCCCCGCGGUGGCCCGUCCGUCGUAUAACCCCCCAAUCACGAAAUUAUCGGUGAACACUUUCCGAAUUGGAUUACGUGGUGAGAAUUAGUCCAAUUGUCGCCCGUGACCCCUCAUCUCUCACCUAACCGUUGGAUCUGAUCGGACUAACUCAACGUUCUGUUUGCUCCUACCGGAUCCGCUCGCGUCAGUCUCAUAUUGCCCUAUCCUUCGUAUAGUGCGACGCAAAAUGUUAAAUGUGACCGCUCUGUUUGUUAUUGUUUAUCGUCUGAUCAUUUGUUGACCAUUUUUAUAAUAAAAAAGGUAACUCGUAGUGAAAAACACGUGCUGUGCGUUCUACGGAAUGCUUUGACCCCCUUCAUUCCACCGCCCUCACAUCCCGACAAGCAGAUCGCUCUACUUACACAAGGGCAAAGGCAAAAAUUGGGGGUUAACCCAUAGGGGGUAGUGGCAAAAUAAAAUACUUCAUUUGCGAUCAUCAAAUAAUUAACCUUAAACAAAAUAUCAGUCGAUCACCAAAAACCAGAGACGCAAAAAAUGAGAACUAGUGAGUGAAAGAGUGAGAGUGAGCGAGAGAGCGAGAGUGAGCGAGAGAGCGAGAGUGAGUGAGUGAGUGAGAGAGAGAGAGAGAGUGUGUGAGUGAGAGAGAGAGUGAGUGAGUAAGAGAGACGCCGAUUGACUCAGUUAUUAACAAAUGGGGCAUACAGCAGUAUCUCCUAUUCCUUGUAGCGAAGAGAAAUAUUAUGACAGUGAAAUAGAGAAUAACAGAAAAAAUUGGAACAUAGAAUGGCGAACGGCGAAAGAAGUCUUCGGAAAGAAAAAUGCAAACUUACCGAAAGGGAUUCAUUUCAUCGGGAAGAGGCAGGGGUGGAUAGCUGAUGACGAGUGUAUUUCGCGAAUGAAUUCAAAGAUUACUCCAUAGAUGACACUUACGAUAUCAUUGACAGUAUGAAGAGUAAUCAAUGGCAGAGCAAAAAUUUUCAAUCGAGUCAUUUCACAUAUAGAAACACUACAAGGGAAAGAAAAUGAAGUGCAACAGGAAAACCGGCAUUUCAGGCAAGAGGAACCAUUUUUUUUUAAUUUAGAAUGAUUCUUUUGAGCAAGCAUGCAUGGCAAAUCGAUGGAAGCAUUCUAAACUUGCUUGAAUUGAAAAAGGGGAGAGCACUGUGAAGGUUAAAGGAUAUAGGUCCAUAAACAUAUUGCGUCACCAUGAAAGAAUAAUUGUUCAGUCGCAUGUCGAGAAUACUCAUUCAGCCGACCGUUGAAGAAUUUUUUUCGUGUUUCUUCCACACUGCUCAGCCUUCUGCCCAUUUGAAGAUCUAUAUAGUAUAUAGUUUAGUAUAUAUAUAUUAUAUAGUUUAGUAUAUGUGUACUAUAUAGUUUGGUAUAGGUUGUGACGUGGUGUUUUGCCCAUCACGUGUCCUCGACCGUUUCGCGGGUUUUGAGACUUCCACUAGACGGGAAGUCACUUUCAGUGGUGAGAGUUCCGGGGAGAGGAGAACGGGGUUCUCAUGGGCUGACUUUAUUGUUGUAUUGGUUGGGGCGAACUGCAAAUGUCCGCGCCACUACACUCCUGCGGGGGAUACCAAGAACCUCGAGAGCAUCAGGGAUUGCAGAGACCCGAGAGGUGUCGUCCAAGGCAAUGAUUCCCUGAGGGAAGGAUGCAGGAUGCGGGGAAAAGGCUCUGGAAAGACCGACCGGAACCAGCUCAGUCGGCAUCACCAGGAGCAAGGGCGCAUGCGUUACGCAUCAAGGACGCAUGCGUUGCGAAUUAGGGCAGCUGGCGCGCAUGUCUAAUCAAUAAGGAUGGGGGACAAUGACGCCACCACCCCCUACCCUCCUAUCAUCGAACGCGUGAUCCACCUGUUUCGUACGGCACGUGUGAAGUACGCAACAGGUGUUACGUACGAGUGAAGCAAAUUGGAACUCCGGGAGAUCUGGUGAGCGUGGGGGCCUUUUAUCAGGGGCAUUUCUAAUUUUAUUUUGGAGUGGUCGAUUAACAUUUAUCGUUGGCAGAUUCCGAGGGCGAUUUAUUUUUUAUAUCUAGGACAUCUGAGUCCCAAAGGACAAUAUGUGGAGCAUUCCCUCAGCGAAUCUCUGGCGGUUUCAAUCAGUGAAAACUCUCGAUGUCUGUCUCUUUCUCCGAGUGGAUAAGUAAGAUGGGUCAAUUAGAUAAUCGAAUUUUGUGAGUUAGAGGAUGAAACUGUGGUAAUUGGCUAAGUGAAUUGUUGCAUACCAAUCGUUCAUUAAUAAUAUUACCACAACAAAAUAAUUAUAUUUAUUGAUGUCAACGUUGAAUGGGAAAAAUGGACACUUCGCGAUGAAAAUAUGGGAAAUUGUUCGUUGAAACGUUAUUUCUAAAUCACCACCUCGAGGGAAUUCCCCAAGUAAAACAUCUGCUGAACACUCAAAACCUUUAACAUUAUCUCGGAACCAGUCCCACCAAUUAUGUCAUAAACAGGGUAAAAUUCAUUUUCAAAAAUCCUUCAGGCACUUCUAUAAAUCAAGAUAAAUCGUUCCCUAUAAAAAAAAAGGGUUUCUACCAAAAUUUCCCUCGUUCCGCUUAUUUUACAGCUUGAUCCUUUGCAACCGGUCAGCAAUCUCCUCACAAGCCUCGGGACCGCAACGGGACCUGGGAAUUCCCCUUAUUAAAAACCCAAAGGUUGAAGAGCAAAAAUUCUUCUCCUUACAUGCAGACCCUCCUACAGAAACCUCCCACCAAUCAGAAAUACAAUUUUCAUCCCUUCUUAAAAUUUAGGAAACUAGUUACCCCUCUCGGGAAGUAAUUGAGGAGGGAGUGUAGGGAAAAAGAAGACAGUACCAAGUAGGCAAACAAUCGAACCACAUCGCGAGUGUCCAAGUUCUUCCCAAGACUUCAUUUUGAGAUUAGAUUCGAUGAUCAGAGUUGGUCCCAUUAGAAAAACCUAGUUCUCUUUAUAAACCCAUAAUAACAGUGCAAAUGUGAAAAGUUCAAACUUGUGAUGAAAUGAAAAGUGAAAUCAAACCAUAAGUGCAUUUUUAUUCUUUGUUCAACCACCCGUGACAACUGUCAGUAAGAUAAAAUCAAAAAUAAACAAAUAAAUACCAAAAAAACUCAAACAAAAGGAAUUCAGAAAAAUAAAAGUUUAGUCAUUAAUUCUUUCGAGUGAAAUUAAUUUAUCAACUCGAAAGUGUCACAAUCAUUUUCUCGAUUGCUGGCACAUGAACUGUGUGAUGUACAUGAUGAACUCUAGAAUCUCUCGCCAUUGAAUUUCGGUUCAGGAAUGUGAAGGUCGCGUGACCCUAACCGUGUUUGGGUCGGAUUCUCGUCUCUGUCGCGUAUUUCUUUUGUUUGGGCAUCACAGAGACUUACCGAUUUUAUUAUUAUUGCGAGUCGUUGAAUUAUUUGAAGAGUUUGGCUACGGUCGUUGUGAUCAACCGUCUGUUUAUAUUUCGACUAACGACAAGUGGGUUGACUAGCUCACUUAUUCCGAUUUACAUGUCGUGUCCAGUUCAUAAUCAUAACUCCAGGCUAGCGACUCAGGUGUGCAAUCAUUUGUUAACUGACUGCGUUGACUCUCUGUCGGAAUGAUUUAUUUUAUUUUUUGUGUUAUUGUGAUUAGACUUCAGAAUUAACUUAAUAACUUGUAACUCGACGACAAUGACUUGAAUCACAUUCCGGUGUGUCAUUAAUCACGCAGACUCAAGUUACGGGGAUUUUCUAUUUGGAUCAAAUCAUGUUUAAUUGUAUCGAGACCGCAUCUUGACGUUAAUUAAACAUCGUUCUCCCCGACAAUUUUUUAGUUUGUUUUACAUUUAAUUUUUUUUGAGACAUCCCAGUUUUCAUCCCCUUUCAGCUUCGGCUUUAUUUCAAUCUCUACGUACCGAGCAGCGGGGAAUUCGAAGCCGCAAAGCGAGGAUUUUCGGAACGGUGGUCAUUCCGUUAAAUGACCUUGCGCCUAACAUACAGUUUUGGAUAUUCGAUUUUGGGGUGUGGUGGUGCCAGAGGGGUGGCUAACGGACGGAGGGUUUCGUGAACUUCUCGAAAUUACGUCACAAUAUCUACUAUAGUAUAUAUAUAGUAUAUAUUGUGACCUUUCUCCUAAUAUUAAAGAAUAAUUAGAGGGCAGGUCAUUAGGUAAAAAAGGGACAAAGGCAGAUUAUGAAGAAAGAGUUCAUUAAAUGAAUUAUUAAUGGAUUGAGACAAUUAACUAGUCACGCCUUUGCAUAUUAUCUAGGCUUGCGAUAAGGCAGAUCACUUGUCGGACCACUCUAUACAAAAGGUAAGGGGGGAAGGCUCUAGUAUUUAUAUAAAAGAGGUAGAAUUUGGCGAUCCAAUGAUUAUAAAUACUAUAAAUGGAAUAAGAAUUACAGGGUGGUCACCGUUGGAGGGGAGGUUUAUUGUAAUAAUGGCGGAGAAGAUGUCUGCUGGGGCAAGAGGGAAGGGACGGAAAC